AUUUUCCACCCACCUCUUGGAAGCUACUAUCAUUGGAAUUCUCCGCGAGAAACGAAAGGAAGAAGCAUGAGCAACACCAGCAUUGAAAACGCGACCACGCUGAACCUGUCCCUCCGCCUACGUGGUGGUGGUAAGGUCCACGGCUCGCUGGCACGUGCCGGUAAGGUGAAGGGCCAGACCCCCAAGGUCCCCAAGCAGGAGGACUCGAAGAAGGCGCUUACGGGCCGUGCCAAGAAGCGCUGGCAGUACAACCGUCGCUUCGUCAACGUCGUGGCGGGUAUGGGCGGCAAGAAACUUGGCCCAAACUCGAACGCUGCCAAGCAGUAAACAGGCAGCCAGUAGGCUGGACACAGUCAGUGGAGAUCGGCGACGUGAUGAGCCGAGUGUGUGGCAUCGAUGCAGGUUUGGCAGGCUUCCCGUCUCUCUCGACUGUGGGCACCAUCCCCUUCAGGCAGUGGUGGUGUCAGCUUCUCUUCUGUGGCGCCUUGCGAUCCAGCUGUCUUGGUGGCGGUCGUUGGCGUAGAUUCCUCGGGAGCUUUACGGCUCCGGUGCUUUCGCAUAUUCCAAAAUCAACCGAAUGCUAAAUUUAACGCUCAGGUGUCGCUUUUUUGGUCUCGUGC